GAUUGCGGCCACGGCUGAAGCCGAGCCGCCAUCUUGGGGAGGCGUGCGUGCACGCAGUGUGCUGGCACGCUGAUGUAGCACGCAGCAAGGGGGCGGGGCAGCAGACGGCCAUUUAAGGCCGGGCUGCCAGCCACCCACCAUCACUGGAAAUUGGCGGCAUUUUUGAACGGCAGCGGGCUCCUGCAUCGGCGGCGCGACGCGGCUCAGGUCGCUCGCCGACGCACGUGGGUUCGCGGGGCUCCGGCAGGCAGGGCGACGGCGAAGGGCGUUCGGAUCACGGCACGGCCUGGGAGCGGCGAGGCCCUGACUCGUGGCAGGGCUGGGGCUUUCGGCACGACCGGAUCGCGGCGCGGCCUGGGAGCGGAUCGCGGCGCGGCCUGGGAGCGGCGAGGACGGCGGAGAGGCCCCGGGGCUGGGGCGUAGCCGGAUCGCGGCGUGGCGCGGCCUGGGAGCAGCAAGGACGGCGGAGAGGCCCUGACACGUGGCGAGGCCUAGGCCUCGGGAGGCCAUCCAGCGGUUGAAGUGCUGCGGCAGCGGCCGUAGGGCCCUUCUCCGGGGAAACCUGCAGGAGCAUACGCAGACCCGUCGGGGCAGCGGAGAGAGCCCGGGGCCUCGUGAGGCCCUCCAACAGCAGAGGUGUGGUGGCAGCGGCUGUGAGGCUCCUCUUCCGGGAGGCCUGCGGGAGGCAUCUGCGGACCUGGUGGUGCAGCGGAGAGGGCCUUAGGCCUCGGGAGGUCCUUCAGCGGAGCCAAGCGAAGCUGCGCAGCGGCGGCAGCGGAUCUCAGGCAAGGCGGCCUUGUGGCCGCAUUUUUAUUUUCUUUCACUACUACCCAAGGGACCCCUGUGGGAACGUUAUUUGCCACUCACCCCCCCAUAACAAAGGAAGUGGGUCCUAGCCCCAUUUAGCACACCGAGGUGGCCAGCAGGGCCCAUUGGCAGGGGACUGCAGGGAGCAAGGGACACUGUCCAGCCGGGCUGUGAGGGCGCUGUGAGGCAUAGCUCAGAAUGCCACCCAAAAAAGGUCAAGGGGGGCCAAAAGGGAAGGGAAGAGCCCCCAGGGCGGAGGGUAGAGGCCCACCCACAGCCGCAGGGGAUGGGGGACAGGGGGAAGGCAUACCAUGGACCGCUAUACUGGCUAGGUUAGAAGCCCUGGAGAGGGGCUCAGCCCAGCCGGCAACUGGGAAAACAAAGGAACCACCCUCCAAGCGGCCCCGGGGAAAAGUGCAACGUCCAGUUGGCGGGGCUAAUGCUGUGGCUAUUACUUCUAUCCUAGCGCGAUUGGACGCGCUGGAGGCAGGGCCUAGCGGGGCAGCAGCAGGAGCGCCUGGAGCAGAAACAGGACCAGCUUUGUCUUCGCAGGCAUCCCCAGGACCACAGCUCACGCAUGGGCCUUCAAUAGACAACAUAGUGGCACAGUCUUGUCACAUUGAAAAUAGGAAUGAGUUCUGGCUCAUUUAAAACCCAGCUGCUGCAACUUUUGAAUUCUUUAUCAUCUGUUAAAUAUUCAAGAAUCACACUCUCCUCGUUCUGUUUGCUGAACUGUAAUACAUAUUCUGAAGCCUACAAUGGGAGCAUCUGUGGAGCCUGUUUUGUUUUUAUUAGCCGUCGUCUCUUUUACAGUAUGGUGGCCAACAGAGAGUACUGUGAGGAACUAUGGGCCAGUCUUUGAAGAACAACCACGUAACAUCCUUUUCCUAGAAGGAUCAACCGAGGAGCAAAUACUUUUGGCCUGUCAAGCACGAGCCAGCCCUCCUGCAACCUAUAGGUGGAAGAUCAAUGGCACAGAGAUCAAGAUAGAGCCAGAUUCCCGUUACAGGCUGAAUGGAGGCAACCUGGUGAUAAGCAACCCAGUGAAAACCAAAGAUGCUGGCUCCUACCAGUGUGUGGCAUCCAACUCCAUGGGCACAGUAGUUAGCAGAGAAACUUAUGUUCGCUUUGGCUUUUUGCAGGAAUUCUCUACAGAAGAGAGAGACCCAGUAAGGGUUACAGAGGGCUGGGGGGUGAUGUUUACUUGCAGCCCACCUCCCCAUUACCCAGGGCUUGCAUACCGCUGGCUUUUAAAUUACUUUCCCAACUUCGUCCCAGCAGAUGGAAGGCGUUUCAUCUCCCAAACAACCGGAAACCUUUACAUUGCUAAAACAGAGGCCUCUGAUCUCGGCAACUACUCCUGUUUUGUCACUGGCCACAUUGAUUCUAUUAAAAAGAGUGUGUUUAGUGCAUUUUCUCAGCUCAACCUUCUCAGAGAAGAUUCCCGACUGUAUGCCCCAAGCAUUAAAGCCAAGUUUCCUUCUGACACUUAUGCUCUGGCUGGACAGCUGGUGACUUUGGAAUGUUUUGCCUUUGGGAACCCUGUCCCUCAAAUAAAAUGGCGGAAGUUGGAUGGUAGCCAGUCCUCCGAGUGGAUCACAAAUGAGCCCCUCUUACAGUUUAAGGAGGUUGGCUUUGAAGAUGAAGGCACUUAUGAGUGUGAAGCUGAGAAUGUUCAAGGAAAAGACACCUAUCGGGGCCGCAUCAUCAUCCAAGCUAAGCCAGAAUGGUUGAAGGUCAUCACAGACAAAGAGGCUGACAUUGGAGCAGAUCUCCACUGGAGCUGUGCUGCCUCUGGCAAGCCAAGGCCUACAAUCAGAUGGCUACGAAAUGGGCAACCAUUAACUUCCCAGAAUCGCUUUGAAGUGAAUGGUGGGGAUUUGAGGAUUUUAAAGUUAACAAUGGAGGACUCUGGAAUGUACCAGUGUGUAGGAGAGAACAAGCAUGGCAAAAUUUAUGCAAGUGCUGAAUUGGCUGUGCAAGCCUUUGCUCCAGAUUUUCGGCUAAACCCUGUGAAGGGACUGAUACCAGCAGCUCGAGGUGGAGAAAUCAUUAUCCGUUGCCAGCCAAGAGCUGCCCCAAAGGCCAUUAUACUCUGGACCAAAGGGACAGAAGUCCUGAGGAAUAGCUCCAGCAUCACUAUCACUCCAGAUGGCACCUUGAUCAUUCGGAAUAUUAGCAAGUUGGAUGAGGGGAAAUACACCUGCUUUGCAGAGAAUUUCAUGGGCAAAGCAAACAGCACAGGAAUCCUCUCAGUUCGAGAUGCUACUAAAAUCACCCUUGCACCAUCCAAUGCUGACAUUAAUGUAGGUGAGAAUAUUACCCUUAAGUGCCACUCCUCUCAUGACCCAACAAUGGAUCUCACCUUUACCUGGUCCCUGGAUGACUUUCUUAUUGACUUUGUCAAGUCUGAAGGCCACUACAAGAGAGCUAGUACAAAAGAGAAUAUUGGAGACCUUUCGAUCUUGAAUGCUCAGCUGAAACAUGCUGGCCGAUAUACUUGCACAGCUCAGACAGUGGUGGACAGUGCUUCUGAGUCGGCCAUGCUGGUUGUAAGAGGUCCUCCAGGACCUCCUGGCGGGUUGGUAGUGAAGGACAUCAAGGACAGCUCUGUGCAACUGAGCUGGAGUCGAGGCUCUGAUAACCACAACCCUAUUGCCAAAUAUGUCAUCCAUGCCCGCACUCCACUCUUCUCCAAAUGGAAGCAAGUGCGCACCAAUCCUGCAAAUAUUGAAGGGAAUGCAGAGACGGCCCAAGUGAUCAACCUCAUACCAUGGAUGGAUUAUGAAUUUCGGGUCCUGGCCAGCAACAUACUUGGAGUGGGAGAACCCAGUGUGCCUUCCACCAAGGUCCGCACCAAAGAAGCUGUCCCCACUAUUGCACCAUCGGGGCUCAAUGGGGGAGGAGGAGCACCUGGAGAACUCAUCAUCAACUGGACGCCAAUGCAGCGGGAGUACCAAAAUGGAGAUGGCUUUGGAUAUAGGCUGUCUUUCCGAAAAGAAGGCACUCAGGUAUGGAAGACAGCAAAUGUGCCCCAUGCAGAAUCGCUACAUUAUGUUUAUCGCAACGAGAGCAUCGCACCCUAUACACCUUUUGAAGUGAAGAUCAAGGCUUUCAACAGGAAGGGGGAGGGACCAGAGAGCCUGGUGUCCAUUGUAUAUUCUGCAGAGGAAGAACCAAGAGUGGCUCCUUCUAACAUUACCGUCAAUGCAGCAUCAGCCACAGAAAUGGAUGUUUCUUGGGAUCCCGUGGAUCACCAUGACAUGAACGGAGUCCUUUUGGGCUAUGAGAUCCGGUACUGGAAAGAUGGGGACAAAGAAGAGGCUGCUGACAGAGUGAGGACUGCAGGCCUUGUCAACUCAGCACAUGUGACAGACCUCCACCCCAAUACAAAGUACCAUGUGGCAGUCAGAGCUUACAACCGGGCAGGGACUGGGCCAGCCAGUCGUCCCUCCAGUUUCACGACCAGAAAGCCCCCACCAGAAAGGCCACCAGGCAACAUUUCCUGGAAGUUUUCCAGCACCAGCGUAAGGAUCAAGUGGGAUCCUGUGACUGCCAAGGCAGACGAGUCUGCUGUCACUGGGUACAAGAUGCUGUAUCAGUCGGACCCACACUCAGCCCCGGUUCUAUACACACCCAUCAAUAAUUGGAUUGAGAUCCUGGUUCCAGAAGACUCUACCCAUGCAGUGGUGCAAAUUCGGACAACUGGUCCUGGUGGAGAUGGAGUCCCAGCAGAGGUGCGCAUCGUGAGAAACAGUGAGACCAGUAUGAUGGUGCGAAAUUCCACUGACCAUCUGGUAGCACCUGCAGUGGUUGCUCUGAUGUACUCACUAAUAAUGUUUGUGCUGAUUGGCAGCUUGGAGCUCUGAUACCUGCCACUAUUAAGGAGGGCUAUUGGAUAAGAUUCCUCCUGAUCUAACCAGAGAGCAAGUCAACAACUGACCAUUAGGAGUAUACAUUUCUACUACAUAUUUCCACCACAACUGCUGAUAGGAAAAAACUCAAGAGGAAAAAAAAAUACUUUUUUUCUUCCUUUUUAAAAAAAAGAAAAUAGAGUAUUUCGUACAAGACAUUGGUUAAAGACUCAUCAAUGAUUUUUUUAACUGAAGAAACAAAUGAUGAAUUUCAUAUGAAUUCUGGAAACUACCUGUCUCAUAUUACUAUAUUCAGUAGAUACUUCUGCCUUACAAAGCCAUUUACAAAAGUAAUCAGACCUGUAAAACUUAUUCUUUCUUUUAAAUACAGAAUAAAUACAUUAUCUUUUUGGAAGGGGCUUUCAAAUUGAUGAACAAACUCCAUAUCAUUCCAAACAUUAUUGAACCAAGGACUCUUGUGUUCGAAGAUAAAGGGGACUCUUUGAGUGGCAGCAUUAGACUAAUCACUGCUUUUCAAGGCAACCAGCUGACACGAUAAAGCUAAUGGAAACUGACAGCCAUUUCCCACCCUGGACUUUAGAAGGAGGAAAUAGAACUUUGUGAAUGGGUUGCCAAAAGUGGAAAACUGAGGCUCAUGGCUGAAACCAAAAAUGUUUUGGUUACCUUGUCAUUUGGCUUCCACCCUGUGUGCCCUGUUCGUAAUCUUCUGUGCGUACCACUCUAGGCGCAACAUAUGCUGUUCCCUCAUAUCCCUAGAAUGCAUUUACCACUUCUUACAUUUUCCUCUGGUUUCUUCUUUUUUCCCCACACCUUCCUAGAGGUUCUGGAGAGAAAGAGUUACAAGAGUAGGGUUUUUUUGUCAAUAAAGAGAGGUUCAGGAUCAUGCUAAAAUGUGGUCAACUCAAGAAGGAUGCUGCAGAAGCCUCUUUUCACUUGCGCACAGUAUCAUCUGCCCAAACAUUCCUUGGCAUGCUUUGAACCUGGGAGCAAGUUUUAUUUAUUAAGUUGACAUGCCUUUUUCCACCUGUAAGAAAGUCCUUAGGUUGCCGAACCAAUCAGUGUUUGGAAAUUUUAUUCUGUACCUAUUGGUUGUUCUGAGAAAAUCGUAGAGUAAUUGAGCCCCUGAAUGUAGGCAUAAGAGUGCUGACUGGCACCUUUAAUUUCUCUGACUGUUCUUCAGUGAUUUAACGUUUGUUACAGAUGUACUUAGCUCUCUCUUAGUAUGCUUUACAUUUUUUGUAGACUAAGGAAGGGAAGGAUUUGAGCUCCCAAGACAGCUUCUAAGAAUGAACCCAUAAGAUUAGUCUGGGAAUCCUGUUAUGCCACUAUAAUACAUCCUUAUACUUUCCUGAACUCAGAAAAUAGAACAGAUCCUUACUGAGUCCACGUUGUCUCUGAUGGAAAGUUUUCAAGGUACAGCAGGGUAGUUUCUUUCAGCUAUUGGGCAUCCUCAUCAAAUAUUACACGUAGUGAAAGGGCUUGAGGAUGGUGUUUUUCCCCUAUGGAAAGGUAGUUAGACAGAAACCGAGUUGGGGCAUUGGUCAUAAACUGAAUCAGGCCAUUUGUCCAUUUAGCCCAUUAUACUAUUUAUUUUGAAUGGAAAUUUCCUGCUGAUCAAGAGUCUUUAACCAGAGAUAGCAGGGAUUGAGCCAGAGAAUGAAUAUGCAUGUUCUAGCAAAAAGCUUCCUAAAAUAGGCUUUCUUCCUACAGUAAGUGUGGAUCCAGGUUGUAAGUUGAUCAAGUGUUGUAAGUGAGGAAAACAGGAUAGCCAUUAUCCUACAGAAACCUUUAUUUUCCAGCCAGAGUUAGUCAUGGGUCUCAACCCUGGGAGCGUCCUUUGCUUUUAAGUUAUUAGAAACUACUAUCAUAGAUAGAGAUGUAGCUCACAGUUUGGUGCUAGUUCGGUUGUCAUUUUGACGAACUGGCAGCUGGUUAUGGUCUGUUAUCAUUAGCGCUUCAUUGUCUGUUUUUUCUGUUUUGACCUUUUCCAUUGCCGCAAAAUAACAUCAUUUUCAUUUUUUCUAACAAUGGCUGUGAUUUUUUAAAUUCAUAAGUAAAUGAGCCAGAUAACUGCCCGUCAAGUAGGCAUCUUGCCUCAGGGUUAUUGUCUGUCCAAGGAAAGGAGGUCAUCAUCCCCCGCCCACACAAUUAAAUGAGGCUUGUACAGUUGAAUUAUUUUUCUAGCUCAACUAUAUGAUGUAAUUUUGAAAACUGGACCUAAUUUAUUUUGGAGCCUUGAGUGCUGCUUUCUGCUGAAUUCUUGUCCUUACAGUUAGCCUGUUUGAAGUUAACCAACUUAUAUUGCUCCCCACACACACAUACACACACCUUGGUCCGUUUUUCAGUGUGCUAGUGGCAAGAUAAUCUUUGCCUGCUUGAGACAACAGACUAGUAAAAAACUGUGAGUUGGGCUAAAGUUACAGAGAUUUAAAAACAAAACAGAUACAAGGGGGAGACAGGUUAAGAAUCAAACACUGAAUGUUAAUAGCCACCAUCAUCACUGCAGUGACAGAGAAGUUAAAGGGAAUACAUAUUUCAGCAGUUCAGAUUGAAGAUGUCAUUGAUAACAAUGUUGGUAUAUUCACUGCUAUUUUUUUUAAAUCCAGUAUCAGGACAAGCUGCAGAAGCUCGUAGCAAACAAGAUUGGUCUGCACAGAUUGUGAACUGGGGGACAGUAGAGUUCUCUUUUAUCGAAUUUCUCACCUACCCCUACUCAUAGGAAACACCUAGCACAGCCCAAGAAUUCUUCACAGCCAAAAAAGGCAUUGUCCAGGACAGGGUCAACAUUGAAAUAAGAUUGUAAGAGGAAAGACAGAGUAUAACUUGUUUGCUUCUAGUUGUCUUUUUGUAACACACUAGACUGGAGCUUUAAGGGGCCUUAGUGGGAAAAUUGGGGCUUGAUGGCAUCUUACAGACAUGUGCCUCUCUACUGUAGCCUUCACCAACUUGAUGCCCUCCAUACGUUUUGUACUACAAUUCCCAGAAGUCCCAACCAGCACAAUGGACUGUAGCGGGUGGUGUGGUGGGGCAGUGGCACUCACCUGACCUCCAGUCAGUCUUGUUGCUGCUACUUACUGGGAGGUAGAGGGGGAAGGAGGAGAUUGGUGGAGUGCAGAAGCACCAGCAGAACCAGUCUGAGGUCCCACCUUCUCCCUCCCAGAAAGCAGCAACACAACCAAGUAGAGGUAGGGUGAGCACUGCCACCCCACCACAUUGUCUACUACUGCAUCUAGAGGGCAUCAGGUUGGCGAAGUCUGCUAUACUGUUUCAGUUAAUGUCAUGUAUCCAUGAAGGCAGUCAUAUGGGGAUUAAAAUGGAUUGAAGGGUCUCCUUACGCAUGAUCUCUGUAAUUUGUGCUAUAAGGCCAGCUAAUGGCUUCCAUUUCCAUGCAGAAGAUCAGAUCUAGGAGAAAGGGAGUCCAUGUGAUUGCCACUUUUUAAAAAUGAUUUUCAGCCCUAUUUAUUAAGGUCAGAAUUAUUGAGCCCCCAGUACUGCAUCAUAUAUGUAGGAGGACUUAUCAUUUGAAUGGCCCCAUGCCUUUAAAAUACCAUAAACUGUGAUGUGGAAGCAUACAACUCUACACACUUGAGGACAGAUGGUGUACAUGUGCUCGGGAGCCACAGUUGGCCUGCAUGUCUGCUGCCAGCCCCCAAGUAUUGGAGGAUGUGCAUUCCCAUACCCAUUUUACAGUGUUUAGUGUUGCAAACACAGCCAAACAUAACUGGAUGUGGAUACCAAUCCCUGUGGCUACUUUUGAAAGCUGGGGGAGGGCAUGAUGAACUUUUCUUCCACCUCCCAAAUCUAAUCUCCCCCAUACUGUUAUUUUCUUGAAUAAGGGUGAAACAUACAGUUUCUUCCCUCCUCUUCAAAGGAGGAAGCAAGAGAAAGAAAGAUGUCUACUUCGAUUCUAAGGUAUCUGCAUAGAAUGUGAAUUGGCCUGUUUGAAUGUUAAAUUAUAGCUAUAUUUUGUAUAUUUUAUAUGAAUUAAGAGGAGUUAUUCUAUUUUUAUUGAAGGUUUGGAACAUUUCUGGCUUUGGGCAAACUGGUAGGCAUUAGGAGUUUUUGGUUUUGUUUUAUCUUUUCUGUUCAGCCUUUCCCUUCAAGAAGAUUGGAGGAGCAUUUGAGCUUGACAGCAGCCCUGUGAGAAAUGUUAGGCAGAGGGACUUGUGUGCACCUAAUAUCCCUGAGCAGGGAUAUUAACCUUGGCUUAAGAACAGAAGAAGGGCCUGGUGGAUCAGGCCAGUGGCCCAUCUAUUCCAGCAUACUGUUCACACAGUGGUCAACCAGAUGCCUAUGGGAAGCCCAAAGGCAGGACGUGAGCACAACUGCACUCUCCCCACUUGUGAUUCCCAGAAACUAGUAUUCAAAGGCAUACUGCCUCUGACAGUGAAGGUAAAACCAAGCCAUCAUGGCUAGUCAUUGAUAGCCUUCUCCUCCAUGAAUUUGUCUGAUCCUCUUUUAAGCCAUCCAAGUUGGUGACCUUCACUACUUCUUGUGGGAGUAAAUUCCAGAAUUUAACAUCCCAUCUCAAAACCCAGCAUGCCAGCUACUCCAUCACUCUGGCUCUCUGGGAGACUUUCUGUGGUGUUGUCUCUCUAGGCUACUGGCCUUGGGAAGUUCUAUUGUGCAUCAUUUCAAAAAAACAUGGAGUCCACCAUGAACAAUUCUGUGCCUCAAAAGAGUGAUAAUUUACCAUAUGAAGUGACACAGGCAAUGUAGUCAAAGUAGCAACGAUCAAGCUUGUUGGCACUAGGAAUGUGCUAGAAUUCUGCCUAGUUCAGAUUUGGUACAGAAUUUUCCAUUUAUUCGGUUAUUCUCUAUUGUUGCCGAUUGGAUUUUUAUGUAGCAUUUUUCUGCAGCUAUUUUCAUGUCUAAAAAGUCUUCCUCUAAAAUAUUGAUAUUAAGAAUGAUAAUGUAUUGAUUUCCUUUCAUUUAUCAAUAUUUCCUUUAAAAAUAUAAAUAUUUCCUUUUAAAAUAUCGAUAUUAAUAUCAAUAUUUUUGCAAGAAAAAAAGCUCAGUAAAAACAGUGGCUAGUGGACAAAGAAUUAACUUGAAUCAAUACCAGCCUGUUAGGUCGAUGGAACUAUCGUGAACUGGCACCAGCCAACAGAUCUCAUCUCUAGUCAGCACUACUGGACAUAUGGAACUGUCUUGUAUUGUCUGUCCCUUGUCUGUCCCAGUACUGACUAUUUGGACAAGAAGCAGCUCCAGGAUAUCAAGCAAAGUUCAUUUCCAGCCCUUUUGUAAUUAGAGAUGCUGAGGAAUGAACCUGGGACCUUCUGCAUAUGGUCUGCCAUUGAACUGUGGCCAUUCAAGGUAUAUCACUUGGAGUCACUCAGGGGAAUCAGGUGUCAGUUAUCUCUGCAUUGCAGAUUAAGAAAGUAAUGCACAGAGUGCUACUCUAGGCUCAAAUUAAGCCAGAGGCUGGCCCACAAACGUGUGAAAUAAUUUUUAAAAUUGCCUAUGAGAAUGUGCAGAGUACCUUAAUUUCUGUACUGGAUAGCCAUGGACUGAGGUCUAAUGGCAGAGUUAGAGGGUGAAGGUUCUCCCAGGCACGUUUGAGCCCCACCAUUUUGCCCUUUCAGAAAUUAAGUACUGGUGGCAACAUUCAGAAUAUCUACGCCAGGGGUAGCUAACCUGUGGUUCUCCAGAUACUGCUGGACUACAACUGCCAUAAUCCCUGACCUUUGGCCAUGUUGACUGCUGAUGAUGGAACUUGGAAUCCAACAACAUCUGAGAAGUAAUUUAACCUGAGAUGGCAAGGAAAGUGUUAACCCAGUAUGCCAAGCUGUCCUGACAACCGGGGCAGAGAGAGGACUAAGUGGUGACUGCUGCUAGGUGUUUGAAAAACUGAAUCUCAUCAUUUUGAUACCUAAGCAAGAACCAGGUGCAAACUGAAAAGGGCACAGAAGCCUCUUUCCUGGUGGUCUUGUAUUCCACCCACCCUCUCGUCUAACAUAGUCUUUUCCACUUUGGUAAUGUGGAAGACUUAAAAGCCAUAGAGUAUCUUAACUAGCAUUGUGUAUCAAUGCGAUGCCAAUAGCCAACAUGUGCAUUCUGUUCAAAGUGGCUGCUGGCAGAGAAAGCCUUGUUGCACUGUUAAUCUCAGUUGAGUUUGAUCGGUGGCAGUGUUCUUUCUUUUCAAGGGCAUGGCAAUACUUUUUCCGUGCCUGGGCUUAGAUGGAGUACAUACGAACCCAGUCCUUCUCCUUGGCCAAGGAAGCUCGACACCAGUGUUGAGCUACUUAUAUCCUGUCCCUCUUCUGUUCUCUCCCAAGGAGACCCUGGUAGUUCUUUUCCUCUCUUUCCUGUUUCACCUAAGAGGAUCUGCCAAACCAAGCUUUCUUUUUCGAAAAAUAACUUUGUCCUGGAGGAAUAAGUGUGAAGGCAGCAUCCUCCAGCUUUUAUUGGACUGUUGGAAGUAGAGAUGAAGGAGAAUUUAGGUCAGUCCACAAUUUUUAAAUGAGCUGACCUAAUUCGCAUCUCCGAGGCUAAUAUAUGACUAAUACAUGGACUGGAAUGGAAUUAGCCUUCAAUUUUCCACUUUUCCAUCUUUUAUGAAACAGUUCUCAGCUCAAAAAACAUACCAAAAUGUGUAAAAAAAAGAUACGUAUUGGGGGAUAAAAUUAAUUUAGAAAUGCAUAUGUUGAGAUAAAUACAUAUUUAAAUAUGUAUUUUGUGUUUAAAUACAUACUUAAAUAUGAUUUGUGUAUGGAUGUUAUUUUUUAAAAGUUGCAGAUUGAUUGUUAAACCUGGACAGAAUAGUUUUUUGACUGAACCCAUGUGAAACACAGAUUGGAAAUACUGAUCCGUCCAUUCAUAGUUGGAAACUAUUUCUUUGGGAGCUAGUGUGGCAUUUGUGAAUGGCUAAAAGACAAGGCAUAUAACCAGGAGAUCCUUGACUCACACCUUGGCUCUGCCACAGACACGGUAGGUGGCCUUAGACAAGUUAUAAUUGCUCAACCUCAGGGUGUCAUCUGUAAAAUGGGGCUAACAAUACUGAUUUAUCUUACAGGAUUGUUUGUAAGGACUGCUGAGAUCAUGUAUGACAAGCACUUUGUAGACUCGUAAAGUGCUAUGAAAAUUUUAUUGUCCUUUUAGUAGCAUGUAGUGUUUUGUUUCAAUUUUUUCUUUCUGUCAACCUGAAGGGGUAUUUUGACAGCAGCGAUCAAAGUGAAUCAGGGUGCUUAGAAAGUCAGGCAGGCAGGGAUCUGUCCCAUACAGGCAAAAAGGAAGAGACCAAUUGCAUCACUUUCGUAGUCCAUAUAACUAUGUUUAAUGCCCUUAUCUAAAAGCAUGCAAGAAGUAGUCAUUUGUGCAGUGUGUAAAUGUGUUUUGGUAGACUGAAUUUUAGAAUGAAAACCAGAGGAUUGCUCCAGGAAUUGCAGGAAGACACACUCUUUGUUGUAUUCUAGCAUUCAAUCUAGAAUACUUCAUUUCUGUUUGGCCUCAAAGAGACUGAACCCUGUGGAGAACUUUCUGCCUGCCACUGUGGCUGUGCUAAUAAAAUAAUUUGUUAUAGCUCAUGUAAUAUGAAAGUGGGAUAGACCUGGGCAUGCCAAAACAAGAGAUAUUUGAAUAUUUGCAAAUGUUUAACAUCCCAUCUCCCACAUUUCUGUGGGGUGGGGUGGGGUGCGAUGGGAUCAGGUGGGGGAAGGAAAGUCAACACUUGCCCCCAUUUCUUUGUUCUGAACUGCAUCCCUGGCACAUAACUGGCAAAAUUCACCUGUGACACAUUGAAUGGAAAGGAUCCUUCCACAUUCCCAAUUAACCUUUUUCCAUGAGUGUCACUCUAGCUUUCAGAAUCACUCUAUAAUAAUUAAAAAUAAGCAGUAUUUAAAAAUAUAAAAGUGAGACACAAUUAGGAUGUAUGAUUAAUAGCCCUGUGAAAUUAUGUGUGUGUGUGUAUGUAUGUAUGUAUAUUUAUAUGUACAUUUGGGGGUGGAAUUGCGUUAUUUCUUCUCAUUCAUUGAAAUCUUUUUGUUACGCUUGCAUUCAUACCCCAACAUCAUGUAUAAAUAAAACUGCUGUACUUGUUCAGGUUUUAUAUUGCAUUGAUCUUUCAAGCCAGUGGCCAUCUGAAGGCAAGCUGGCAUCUGCUGGUAGAUGUCCUGAUGGUUUAAAGUAGAUCAGCAAAGGUUUCUGGAUCCCAGGGAGCUGGGAGUAAACAUAAUGGCUAAGUGACCAAUCUGCGAAGUCUCCAAUUUGAAUCUCAUCUCUGUCAUGAACUCACUAUGGCCCCAUCUGCACUAUACAUUUCAAGCAGUAUCAUACCGCUUUAAACAGUCAUGGCUCUCCAUCCCUCCCAAGAAUCCUGGGAACUGUACCUAAGGGUGCUGUGAGUUGUUAGGAGACCCCUAUUUCCUUCAUAGAGCUACAGUUUCCAGAGUUUCCUGGGAAAGGAGCUUGAUUGUUAAUCCAUUCUGAGAAUUGUAGCUCUGAGUGGAAUAGGGGUCUCUUAACAACUCUCAGUACCCUUAACAAACUCCAAGGAUUUCUUGGAGGAAGCCAUGGCUGUUUAAAGUGGUAUAGCACAGAUGAGAUCUAUGUGGUCUUAGGCAGUCCACUCUCUCACCACUUCUUGCAGCAAUGCUGUCUUACCUUACAGGGUGGUUGAAAGGGUUACUAGAUAAUGCACAUCAACAGUUUUGUACACUUGAAAGUGCAAUACAAAUAUUAAGUAUUUAUUGGCUCCCUGUAAACACAUUAGACUACUGAAACAAACAAAGCUUGGGGAUGGGAAGAAUUGGGUCGAUUUUUGCAUAAAAACACUAAGUUCUGACACUGAAAACAAAUUCCUUGGCUGAGCAUGUGGUCAGAUGUGCCGUGUUCUUUAAUCCCAAGGCCCCAAUCCAGAACACAUUUGCUUCUGAGCAAAUACAGAUAGAAAUGCAUGCCCAAGUGUUAUGUCAAUCUGUCCUAUCCUGAGGCACAACGUAGAUCCUGCAAACCUGAAGUCUGUCCACUCGUUUUUUAAAGUGUUUUAUCCCAUGAUGUUGAAAGUGUGCAACCUGAUCCUACAGAGGUUUCCCUGUGCAGGUUGCCAUCACUGGCAAUGCCAAGGGCUGUUUUGUGGGAUGGGAACCUGUGUUCAGCAGCCAGAGUGUGUGCAACGUGCAUGUUAAUCUCUCUUUAGUCCACAGGUAGGGAACUUGUGGCCCUACAGAGGUUAUUGGACUCCAACUCCCAUCAUCCCAAUAACAGCUGGAAGGCCACGGGUUCAUGCUAGGUGCCCAUCCUGCCACUCACCUAGUGGAUGAUUGGUGCUGACGUUUUGGCUUUGCUGGUCACUUUGGGGAGUGUGGAAGCUUUUGAGGAGCUCCCUCAGUGCUGCAGCAGUUCAGUAUCUUCCUACUGCAGUUGUGAUUCCCUGGAUCAGGACUGUUAGGAACUGAAGAGAAGCAUGCCCUACUUCAUUUCCCCUCAGGUGUCAUUUCCACCUACCAGCUGGAGUCCUAAACACAGCACCUACCUCAAAAUAAGCUCCAUUCUAAUGAAAAUUGAUCAACAGUGGGGGGGGGGUUCAUAUAAGAAAUCUUAUCUACCCUAUUAUAGCUGUGCUCAUUGCACAGCAUGAUUUGACUAGUAUGGAUUCUGAUUGCAAAGUCCAAUAAUUUGCCAAGGCAUCAUCAACACUAUUGGUAAUAUUAAUGUUUACUCACUUUUCCUCAUUUUUAUGUAUUGCAACACAUCCACAUUUUUAUUUUCUAGCAAAGUCAUGUUUUGUCUGCCUUUCACUUCUUUUGUCCAUGGAUGGUUGUAAGGUUUUCACCAUCUAAUUCAAGCCGCAAGGUUAAGCAAAAUUAGGAAUGUCAUUCAUGUGUUCUGCGGUAUGUAUGGUAAGUUGUCUCAUUUGGAAGCAUUCCUUCUUUCUGUUCUUGGAAGCAACCCAAUGGCUACUAGCAAAAUUAAUAGCUGCAAGAGCAUGUGGUCAUUCACACUUUAACACCACACUUUAGAGUGAAUAAAGUGCACUCUCAUGGGAUUUGAAGAAGGUGUGAUGUGCAUUCCAUACAAUUGCCAUUAAUUUAAUGCAAGCUGACUAUAGCUCUGCAGUCUUUCCCAACCUAGUGUCCUCCAGAUGUUUUGGACUUCAGUUCCUUCCCCUCUUACUGGAGAUGAUGGGAGUGGGAGUCUUAACAACUUUCGGAGAGCACCUUGCUGGCAACCCCUACUCUACAGAGUGCUGUGGAGGUCACCAAAGCCACAUUUCAAAGGCACAACUGAUUUGGUCUCCCAGGCUUUUGAUACUGAAUGCAGCAGGGGCAGCCAAUGUGGUUCCUUCCAGAUGUUAUGGACUACAACUUCCAGCAGCCCCAAUUAGUAUUGCCAAUGACCAUGGAUGAUGGGAGCUGUAAUUCACAACAUCAAGGGGGCUGCCCUUGGAAUACAGUUUCCUGUCUUAGACAUUUAGGCCUGACCUCCUUGCACUUAACUUGAAAACUUAACACCAUUUGUCACAACUCUCCUUUCUCUCUUCUCCUCUGAUCUGAUUUCAUUGUACAGGAAACAGGGUGGGGCAAGAAUUCUUCUCAGUAAUUUUGUGUUAUGCUAUUUUUUUUAAAGAAAAUAAAAGAACAACAUAAAACCAAGGAUUGUAAGCAGACUAUAAAUAAUGUUACGUAUUGGCUAC